AUAUGUCUUGCCCAACGCCUUUUCCUGUCAAACAGCUUUGUACUUUAGAAGCUGCACUUCCUACCGGGCGGGAUCACAUAUGACAUUCAGAUAGGAGUCCUUCCCUUAACUGAUCCAGCCAUGGACGUCUCUUCCUUGUUUCUGCUACUAUUCUAUCUUGACGUUACCAUGGUUGCUCAAGCUCAAGAUUGUUCCAGACCUACUGUUGGUAACAACAUGCACGUGGAGGAAUUACUUAAAGAUACAUUUGAAGAUGGAAGUACAGCUACCCUUAAAUGUGAUGUGGGUUACUCCCAAGCAGGCGGGUCUCAAGCCAUCACUUGUACGGCUGGCACGUGGACUCAAGUGACACUGCAAUGCGAGCGGGUCAACUGUGGCCCUGCAGAUAAUGUGGCAAAUGGAAAUCUUGAUUAUUCAGAGGGCACUCUUUUUGGUGACAAAGUAUCCAUCACAUGCAAAUCUGGUUACAUUUUAGUUGGUGCCACUCAACGCCUUUGUUUAUCCUCUACGAAAUGGAGUGAACACCCACCAACAUGUCAAGUGGUGACCUGUGACCCUCCAGUGGGCUUGGAUAAAGGAUUUUUCGGCCCCAUAAAGGACAUCUAUGACUAUGGCAACGUUAUAAAGUACACAUGUCCGAAAGGUUAUGUCCUCAAUGGCCCCUCAACAGCAGAAUGCUCUGGAGAUAAAACAUUCAACCCCAAGCCUCCUAAAUGUAUCCAGGUUAAAUGUAAAGAUCUUGACAUUCCAAAUGCUGAGAUUGUUUCAGGCGGCGGUCCGCCUUAUGGGUACAAGGCAUCCGUGACAUUUAGGUGCUUGCCUGGAUACGAGAUGGUUGGAUCUCGCUCCCCGACAUGCGACAUUACCAGCCGUUGGUCACCAGACCCGCCAACUUGUCAGCGAAAAGGCACUACGACAAGUACCACCCCUACAACUAAAAGACCUGAUGGCAAAGACACACCAACAGGAAAUGGUAGCAAUAAUUUGGGUAUGUCAGUGGGUAUUGCCGUUGCAGUCGUCAUUGGAGUAGUUAUCAUCAUUUGCGCUGGCUGCUAUUACUUUGGAGGCCUUGCUUUCAUCACCAAAAAGAACAAAAAGCGCUAUCGGCGAGGUGCUGCCAACAAUAAGUCUACCACAGAUGAAGAGAGAGUGGUCCUCUCGUGAACAUGGCAGUCCUGCUGGCACAACUUUGCUAGAAAUAGGGGGAGAACUCUGAUGUCGGCUUCCAGUGGAUGCCACUUUGAGGCUCUCAUGACAGAUCAACAUUUUUCAGUUGUUACCAUGCUUGAUUUCUGUUACUUUUUGUCAGCACUUUUUCGUCUGCACCCCACACAUAUUUUCUUCACUUGCAAGUUGCAACGCAAUAAUUAUCUUUGAGAUUACAAUUUUUCACAUAUACUUUUGACGCAGGCAUUAAGUACAUAAUUAGUAUACCUAAAUGUUAAAGUAUAAACACCCCACAAUCAGUAGAAUCUGACAAGAAGAGGGCUGAAAGAAAAUUUCUCAUCAGGCAUGUCAGAUUUUCACCAAUUGUCCCAAUGGGACCUUGGAGGAGGAGGAGAAUUAUUUAUGCCUUAAUGCACUUCAAGUGUUUUAACUUGUGGCAGGUAUGUUUUUGUGUUAUUUUAUGAAAUCCCAAAGAUUUGGAUUAGGCAUGUGCCGGUAUGAGAUUUUGACUGUACGAUAACCGUGAGCAAAGAUACCGCGGUAUCACGGUAUUGCAAUUAUAGCUCCAAAAUGUGUUAUUUUGAGAGGUAUGGGUUUAAAAAAAAAAAAAAAAAAAAAUUCCGGGAUUUUUUUUAUUGUUCAGUAAAUAUUUGCAAAUUGGAACAUGAAUAUAACGUUAAAAUAAAUAAAUAAACGAAAAAUAUUUUGAAUACAAUUUUUUUUUUAAAUAGAACUUAUAGACUACCCACAGCCACAGUUCAGGUUGCUCAAUUGCUAUAAAAAGUAAAAACACUAAUAAUAAUUAAAUAAAAUUGAAAAAUACUUACAGUACGACUUUUUUUACUUUUAUUUUUUUAGGGGGCAAAAGCUCAAGUGAAGUUUCACCAUUUUUAGCCACUGUGUCACCUCUAGUCUACGUGUCAUGCCUUUGUGUUAAAAAGACAAAGAAUUCACAAGUUAAUAAGUUAGUUAAAAUAUAAAUAUUGUUGUGUAAAGGUUUCAUCUAAAAAACAUUGGGAGUAAGACCUCUCCUUGUCCAGCAAACGUGCAUUUGUGCUUAGGGCAAGAUCAUCUGUCGCAAUUAGCGAUCUUUGACGCUAUCCUUUUUUCCUUCAUUCAAGCUUGGUUCUUAGUGGCCAUGAGCUUUAUAACCUUGACAAAGUUCCUCUCCCAGCUAAGACUACGCUAACAUACGUCUUUCUGAGUUUUUAGUUAGUUUGUAUUUUGAAUUUGAAAGGAAAAUUUGUGUUUCGUUUUUGGCAAACUUUUUCAUUUUGAUUUAGAUUCAGAGUUUAUUUAUCAUUGUCAAGAUAACAACGAAAUUCAGAUUUAAUUUUGUUCAUGGAUAUGAUGACUUCCUCACAUUCUGUUGUGUUUGUGCUAAUGAAGCUACUCACAUGUGUAAAAUACUAUUGUACAACGUUGUAAAUGUAUUUAUCUUGUAUAUUUCACUUACCAUGAUUUGAGACCUCCAUAUAUUCAAGAAAAUGACGCCUUUUGUUUGGGGUGUUUCUUUUUUGGUUUGCCUGCUGUCUAGCAGAAUAGUGUCACUGACACACACACAGCAACAACCGGAGAGGGAGGGGUGAGCGCUGCCGCUUUAAGACAGUUCUGGCUGCAUUUUUGAGAAAUGUAAAAUAGGGAACUCCGUACCACGGUAUGACGGAAAAUUUUUGUGGUUUUGAAACCGUGACAUUUUCAUACCACGGUAAACCUUGAAACCGGUAACCGGCACAUGCCUAAUUUGGAUUAUUAUAAAACAACUUAUUUUGGGCAGCCGUGAUUGGCUUUGCUGUGGUCCCUAAAAAUCAGUUUUAAUAUUGAUCUAUUAUCGUACACUGGCAUUGUGCUCUUUUUCUAAAAGCAAAACAAAAAGUUGAAUGUAUUCAAAUUGUCAUAAAUCACAUGUGACAAUGAGUGGCAGUUUUAUUGAAUGGCUGGAAAUUUUGCUUUUAUAUUGUUUUAGAAGCUAAAUAAAAUGACAGAUUCGCCAGCAAGUUUUGCUUGUUUUUGUUCAUUGGGGAAGUUUCAGUGUCUUCUAUGCCUUCAGAGGACUAGAAAAAUCUGCUUAUUUCAAGUUGUUUGCAUUGAUUAUGUUAUGUGGUGCUUAUAAAUCUGGAUAUCCUCUGUGUGGUACACUCAGGUGCGCUGCCAGGAAUUUUGGGCCCUGUGAAGAGACGUACUGUACUAGUUAUUAUAGUGUAACUAGGGGCCUUUCUGGACCGGUCUAUUGGCACUUUCACAUUAGACCAAAAAGACCGGGGUCCAGUUGGACAGCUACCUCGCAACAACACUUGCAAAUGACUCGUUGAAAAGGUUCAGUAUUCACAUUGCACCAACCGAACUUUCCGAGUAGCAUCACGUGGACGAAAGGUGCACUCAUUGAUUGGAAAAAUAGAAGAGGAAAUUCCUCCCUUAGCAUCACACCAUGGUGCUGUGACGCUGCACGUAAUGUAGCAUGAAUUAGUCGCCGCUCGACCAGCAACGGGUCCGGCCUCUCCCGCUCGAUGCCGAGCAAACUGGAGUAUAUAAAAAAUGCAUAGGGGGAAAAUAAACCAGGAAAGGGAACCGUGUGGUAGCCCGAGUCACACAGGCGUGGAAUUGCUUUCACUUUCGUGACAUUUUGGACUGUCAAAAUGUCACCGUGACUCACGAAACUGCUGCCCCGAGAGGCUCCACCUGUCUAAGUCACUGUUAUAAGCGCACCCUGCUCCGCUUGCAUUCACAAGCAGGGUGCGCUUUAAGUAGGCCGAGACACACAAUUUUUGAGCAGACCAGAGUUCGUUUGUUUGGUCCGAAGUAGGGUUUGGAUGUGCGUUCACAUUUACAAAACGAAGCGGAGUAUCUGAGAAAAAGAACUCUGGUCCAUUUAAAAAGGACCAAACAAUGCUAGUGUGAAAGUGCCCUAUGAUGGACCCUUAGAAUCCCCCCUUAUCGGCACCCCAAGGUACACUGGUGGAGAUAUUAGUCUAUUGCACUAAGUAUUUGUAUAUUGUCCGUGAGUUAAUUGAUGGGUUUAAGAAAAACAUGUUCAGGUCAAAGCAUGCUUGUUCAAAUUAAUUGGGAAUUCAUUCCAAGCAAUGUAUCUCAACUAACAAUUGUCAAUUAAUUAAUCAAAUACUCAUGCAUGCAAAUGCAUUUUAAGUGUAUCGCCUGUUUGACCAAAUUGCUGCUCCGCGGUGCAUCAACCCACCACCACAAGUGGUGCAAGUUUGCCUUUCAAAACAGGUGUAAAGCAGAAACACUCUAGAUCAGGGGUCGGCAACCUAUGACACGCGUGUCAGCACUGGCACGCGAAGGGUUAACCAGUGACACGCGAGGGCAUGGCAAAAAAAAAAAAAAAAAUGCGUGUUAUGUUUAUUGUCGGUUGUAUCUUUAUCAGUUGCUGAAGCGCCCCAUCUUGUGGCCGUUUUAUUUAUUGGUUCUAAAACAGUAGAAGAAAAAUGCAAAUAGGAAGUUCUUCAAAUGUGAUUCAAUGUGUUACAUGGCAGCUCCACUCUCACAACUUGAGUGGCAUUUGUGUUCUUUAGAGCAACGUCUGUGAGUAUUUUGUUGUCAAAUUGAGAAUUACACUCUUUAUAUUGUCUUUAGGUUGCAUGUUUGAGGGGAAAUUUGUUUGAUAUUUCUAAUUAAGAACUACUGAAUACAGGCUAAUUGUGCUUGCAUAUAUGGAUGGCAUUUUUGUUAUUUGCAGCAUUGUUGCUGAUUGCAUGUAUUUUUUCAUUGUUUUAGUUUCACAAAAAAGAAAAGCGACACAUAAAGGAUUACUGAAAACAUCUGGAGUGUGAACCUUUUCAUGUUUAGCUGUUUGGAUAGCGGAAGCGAGCCCAUUUACAAUGCGCCUUUUUUUUUACCGGAAAUUAAGGCAUUUUCAGUUGCGCGCCCUGUUAUUUAGGGGCUUUACGGGACCGCCCCUCUCACCCACUCUGCCUGUGGCGUUAUAUGCGAGCAAUAAUGGAUUUUGAGCACACCUCCAGCUCUUCCCCAAUUUCUCGACUCCUGCGCUUGUCGGAUUUUUUUCUCUGCGCGUUUAAUUCAGCCCACGCUACUAACAUGUCACGAAGCCGACCAAUCAGAGAGCUGGCGGAAGUACACUGUGUUACCAAUUGCACUUUUUGAUAAUUGCAACUCUGCACCAUAGUGUGAAGUGGACAGGCGAUUAACGUGGCUUGUUGUGGUCGAUUCGCCCGGUGCUUACUUCAGAGAGGUGGUGAUGUGCAUAAAAACACAGUGACACGUUGGAUGGUAUUUUGCUGGAGACUUUUAUUAACAAAACUAAAACCAGCAUGGGACACAGCCACUUUUCAUGGCGCUCUUCGCACAACUCUCUCUCAACACCUUGCUCCCUGCCUCUCUUUUUCUUACGCUUAACUAGUAAGCUGGCCAUACUGUAGGGGACAGCGGCCCCUUGGGGGUGCCGGUAACAACUUUUUGGCUGGUUACUUCCGCUUGCUCUGUGCAUUAUGCCUCGAGAGCGUUGUGUGUGUGUCGCACAACAAGUGUCAAACGCCACUACGAGACAAAACAUGAAAUUCAUGGAAAACAGGGCCAGGGAUCACAUUAAGGUAGGCAUCUUUUGUAUUUGUUAUAUAAAAUCUAAAAUUGUGCGUAGAAUUCACUGUUAGUGAACAAGACAAAGUAGUCGCCUGUUCUGACUUCGAAGGUUAAAACAGCCCGCUCUGUACUGUGAGAGACCUGCACUGAGAAUCACGCUUGUUCCCCUUUUCUUGCUGGGUUGUGUGUGUGUGAUAUGUUUACAUAAGAUGAUGGUCAAGUUUUGAUAUUUUCUACAAUAUACUUUUAUUUUUUAGUUAUUUGAUAAAGAAGAAUGGUAGUUGUAAGAUUUCAACGUAUGUUCAUGUUGUUUUGUUUGGAGUAAAAUUACAGCUCUGUUGGAUAUAAAAAUUCGGAUGUGCGUCAUUAAUCUGGGUGUGGCACACUGAUUGAUAAGAAAAUUUGAAAGUGGCACGCCACACCAAAAAGGUUGCUGACCCCUGCUCUAGAUAGUCAUGUUAUUUUCUUCUACUAGAUGGCGUGUCUGUGGAGUGUAAAUGUUUUUCUUACAGUAGAAAAUUAUAUUGGAACUAUUGCUGUUCCAAACAUUAAAUUUGGCAACACCUCAUUGAUGAUCAAAUAUCUGUAGCUGUUUUCAUGUAACUACAUACCAGAGGUGGGUAGUAACACUUUACAUUUUUACUUCGUUACAUUUACUUGAGUAAUAUGUCCCCACAUCCCCCUCCCGUCAUCUCCGCUCUUCUAAUGAAAAUAUCCUUGCACUGCACCAACAAAGAACACACCGAACUUGAGGGACAGAGCCUUCUCUGUUGCUGCCUCCUCCCUUUGGAACUCACUCCCUAAACCCAUCCGUACCUGUUCAGACCUUCCUACUGUUGGAGGCAGUCUUUCAGGUCCUCCGCAUGUUCGUUUUCAAUUCAGGUGAGACUGCUAGACUGGAUUGCAAAGUAAAGACUGGAGACAAUAUCAAUACUGCACAGUUUUAAUUUCAGAAAUUUCUGGGUGCAUUCAAUGACAGAACAAAAGAUGUGUAGAGAAAUGCACGCUAGACAGAUGGCUCGGCAUUGCUUAUAUGCUGUACAAAUAAGGAGGUGUGUCUGGAACGUUUGGUGAUUAGGUCAUGAGUCUUGCUGGUUGGCAGUUAAAAGUCCAUGAUUAUCUUAGGCAAAACUACCUGUCAGCAGUUUCUAUGAAAAACAACUCCAUUUGAUUGCAUUAGGCAAGAUGCAUACUGACUUCACUAUAUUCAAAAAACUGUUAAAAACUCAGCUUUUUAAACUAGCUUUUAACUUAUAAUUAUUUUCUUUGUUUUAUUCUGGUCACGUUGUUUGCUGUUUUUUGUUUCAACUGUAAAGCGUAUUUGAGCAUUGGUUAAAAACGCUUUACAAAUAAAAUGUAUUAUUAUUUUUUAGAAAAAUGUACUUCUUCGUUUUACAACGCUAUAAUUUUUACUUGAGUAGAUUUGUGAAGAAGAAACACUACUCUUACUCGGCUACUUUGGGCUACACUAGAGUCGUUAAAUUUUUCCUUUUUUAUUCUA